GAUAUAUUAGCUAUAUCCGUUAGCAUGUAUUGUUUGGGCUUCUCUAAUUGUUGUUCUUUUCUAUGUAUUAUUCUUAAAAUAACAUAGAAAAUAGAGAUAUUGGCACAAGGAAGUAACAAAGCGAGAAGGAGUGAAUAGUAGUUGUUACAAACUGUCAUUAAAAUAUGGAUGAUGAUCCAACAAGUGUUUUAAACAUGAUAAAAGAUCUACGUUCUGGUACAGAAUCUUAUCGCAAAAGUGGUGGAGUAAGAUUCUCAGGGACUGGUUAUAAAUCUUUGGUGUUUAAUGAAAGUGAUGAAAAUAUCAUCUCGCCUAAACGGGCGAAACUUGAAGAUUCUGAUACAUCUGUAGCUAAUAAAAGUCUAUCUGAUUCCAUGCCAGGUAGUCCUUGGGAAUGGCGGCGUCUGAAAGGCGAGAUAGUAUCAUUAAGGACUAGACUAUCUCAUCAAGAAGCAACUGUGCAACAACUGCACAAGAUACGCAGACAAUUGGAGGAGAUGUUUGAGAAAGAAAAAAAUCUCUUAGAAAUCCAAACACAACAGGAUAAGCAGACCAUUCAGCAGUUGGAGGUUCGUCUUGACAUUGCACGACGGACAAUUCAGGAUGUAAAAGAGGCAAAGGCUGCUACUGAAAAAGAAUGGUGUCAAGUAAGAGCCAACUUGGAGCAGAAGAUAACGUCAUUGCUGAAUGAAAAUGCAAAAUUAACAGAGGAGCUGAGAAACUCUACAAAAGAAUCACCUUCUGCUGUUCCUCUACUUCCUAAGGAAACUAGUGAAUCCAGCGAGUUACAGUUAAAAUUAGAAGCUGCGGAAACCAAAGCAACGAUGCUGGAGGAAAAGAUGAAGGACUAUCGAAAGAUACAACAAGACUUUGAGCUGCAGAAUGUAGAAUUGCAGAAUAUGAAGAUUAAAAUGGAAAAACUUGAGUCGGAGAGGGCGUUGUGGGAGGAGGGUAAGAUGUUAGCAGCAAAGGCCGCGAGAGUGGGCGAUCUCGAGAAAGAACUGAACACAUUGAAGAAGACUGUAAUGGUACUGAAAGAAUCUGUCAAGGAAAAACUGCUCUUGGAAGAACAGAUCGCUAACAUGACGAAAAGGCUAGAGCAUACCGAAAAGAUGGAACAGUUGGCGGCAAUGUUGGAAGCGAAGCGAUGCGAGCUGACGCAUCGCUUGCAGGAAUACGAAACGAUCGGCAUUAGUGGCGGACCAACGGCCAUGAAACGAGAACUCAACAGGCUUCAGCAAGCUGAAUUGGAUCUAAGAGCUGAAGAAGGUCAGUUGAGAUCCAGACUUGAUGCUGUUUUGCGCGAGUCGCAAAAUUUGUCGAAAAAUUACGAGGACGCGAAGAGGUUGGCUACCGACGUGACAUCGUCCAAGGAGAAAUUGAAUAAGCUGGUGAGCAGACUUCAGAAGAAAAUGAUUCUCAUCACUAGAGAAAGAGACAGCUAUAGACAACAAUUGGACUGGUACGAGAAAGAGUUGACGAUGGACAGUAACAACACAAUGAGCGAAAGAAUACCAGCUCUGGAACGCGCUUUAGAUGGUUACAGGGAGUUGGUCAAUAAGUUGGAAGCAGAUCUUCAAGCGGCCGAGGACGUCACUCAGAAAAACGAAUGCAAUAAGCUCAGAGAGGAAAUCGAGCGGUUGAAAGGCGAGCUUGAGCACCGCUCGCUGAAAGGCGACUUCAACUGCAACGCCAAAGUACUACACUAUACAAUGAAUCCCGCGAUGAUAGCAGAGAAACAAGCCGAGGAGAAGCAGGCGGCCAUGUUACAGGAGUUGGAGGAACUUCGAAGCAAAGUGGCGACAGGAAAUUUUGCCGCGACCACGUCGUCGUUGCAAGCACAAGAAAUCGCGGAACUGAAGCAAAUGCACGAGAUAAAAAUAGCGCGUUUGAAGGAGGCGUUCAAGGCUUCAUCGCAAGAAUAUCGCCAGGCGUGUUAUCAGCUCUUCGGCUGGAGGGUGGACCGCUCGAAAGAGGGCUGUUACAAGCUGAUGAGCCAAUAUGCGGAAUCACCAGACGAUUUUCUCUUCUUUCAUGUAGGUGAAGGGGGUGUAGAUCUGUUGGAAACCUCCUACUCUGUGAACUUGAGCAACUUGAUCGAGCAAUAUCUGCAGAAACAGCACAGCGUUCCGAUGUUUCUCAAUGCUGUACAGUCCGAUCUUUUUAGUCAUCAAACUGUGACAAAUAUAGUGACAUAAUAUCCACGUUUCGAAUAAAAUUGAUGUUUCUUAUCGGGUCAAUUUAUAUAUCUCACGGCCUGGCAUGUACGACAAUGUUACAUUGUUCGUUUAAUCAUACAUAUGCGUUUAUUUUUACGCAUCUAUAUAAAUAUAUUUUAUUC